AUGAAAAUGUUCAUACAAUUCCAAAAGCGAGAAAAAAGGAACCAUCAAAAACUUGUUCCAGCCGUCUGUUGUGUUUGUGGAUAAUUAGCUUCCUCCUGGUGGGAAGCAUUGCAGUCAACAUCUGGAUGUGUCUUCAGAUGUACAAACAGAAAGCAACUUUCCAGGAGCUGGAGAUGAAGAUGGGAAGAGUACAAAAUUACAGUGAACUGCUGACUCAUGAGAAUAAUGACCUGAACUUAUGGCUGAGCUUUUUUCUGAAAUUCAAAAAUGUUCAAGUCUCAAAAUACUGCAAUGGUGAAAAGUGUCAGCCGUGUCAGGAAGGAUGGGUUGAGUUUCAGAAAAAGUGCUAUCUGUUUAUUGAUGAACACCCUUGGAAAACCUGGAAGGAAAGCGAUGAGCUCUGCAAAAGUAAAUCCGCAGAUCUGGUCGUUAUUGAUCACCUGCAAGAACAGGAGUUUCUCAGUAAACAGAUUAAGUAUUACUAUGACGAAUAUCAUGGAUACUGGUUGGGCUUACGUGAAAUUAACAACAGAUGGGUGUGGACUGACGGACGUAAUGACACUCUUGGGUUCUGGAUGGGAUCAGAUUAUGGUCUCUCUGGUCCGUUUGCUCUGCUGAUCCCAGACAAAACUCCGACAAAGAGUUGGGACACAUCAGAUAACGCCUUUCUGAACAAAUUCAUCUGCGAGCAAGAAGCCCUGCUGAAGCUUGGAACUAGAGCAGGGUGACUGUCUGACCUUUGACCCGACGCUGGGGGUUUCAGAAACAUUUCUCAAAUGUCUGCUACCUAAAUGAGCUUUUCUUGAUCUCCUGCUCCAACAGCAAACAGAGUUUGCAGCUCGUUUAGGCGCAGCAGCUCGUUUAGGCGCAGCAGCUCGUAAGUCUGUUUGUGGUUAUGACAGAGAAAUGUGUUGCUUUGAAAUUACAACCACAGACAAGAUAGAGACAAAGUAAAAACAUUUUAACAUUUUGGAACUUUGAAUUUGUCUUUGUAAAAAGUGUUGCAUCGUAUUUAUGUGAAUAUGUG